CUUCUCUGCGCGGACAUAACUCUGGUUUCUCCAACUAGUGCGCACGGCGGCCGCUGCUGAGGGAGCGACUCCUCCUGCCGUAGCCAAGCGCGUCCCAGCAAGCUGCGCUCUUGGGGUGGAUUUAAAAAAAAGAAAAAAAAACUGUAAUUAACCCUGCAGAGGAACGUGCGCACCUCUCCCCCACUGGACCUGCCGCAGGGACGAGCGCGUUUACCGCAAAAUCUGGAAUUAUUGCUUGCCUCGAUCAUGAAGAUGUGAGGGGUUGUAAGCUGAAAGGGAAGACGCUGGAACUCAGGCUUACAAAAAGGUGCGAGUGAGUGAGCAGCAAGAAGAAGACGAAGACGACGAAGAAGCCACUGGAGCAGCUGAAGAUAUGAGGCUUAAGAGGUUUUGAAAACAACUCCGUGAGUGCCAAGCUGUCCUUUGCGAAGACCCGGCGCUCUUCUGUGCAGUCGGGGCCUCGGCUCCCCGGCCAGGUCGUCUAUCAGUCCCAGCCCGCCCUGCCCUGCUCCCCCACCCUGCUUUAGCGAAGAUGGCUGCUAGUGGUGCAACACGACUUUCCCAGCGACUCCUGCUUCCUGUGACCACUCUGCUGCUAUCACUGCUGCUGUCCUGCUCUCAUGCCUUAUCAAAACCGGUGUUCACGAAGGUUCCCGUCGACCAGACCGGCGUGUCGGGGGGCGUCGUCUCGUUUGUCUGCCACGCAACAGGCGAUCCCAAACCGAAAGUUAGUUGGAGCAAGAAGGGGAAGAAGGUGAAUUCGCAGCGAAUAGAGACUAUAGAGUUUGACGAGGGCGCCGGCGCCGUUCUCAGAAUCCAACCCCUGCGGGCGCCACGUGACGAGAACAUCUAUGAAUGUGUAGCAGAAAAUAGCGAGGGAGAGAUUUCCGUCAAUGCCAGACUGGCCAUCAUUCGAGAGGACCUGCUCCCGCCAGGCUUCCCAAACAUCGACAUGGGACCUCAACUUAAGGUGGUGGAGCGCACCCGCACAGCCACCAUGCUGUGUGCUGCCAGUGGCAACCCCGACCCAGAAAUCACCUGGUACAAAGACUUCCUCCCCAUAGACCCUAGUGCAAGUAAUGGUCGAAUUAAACAGCUGCGCUCAGGUGCCUUGCAGAUCGAAAACAGCGAGGAGACAGACCAGGGGAAGUACGAGUGCGUGGCGUCUAAUGUGGAAGGCGUGCGCUACUCGUCCCCUGCUAACCUAUAUGUGCGAGAGCUUCGAGAAGUCCGGCGGGUGCCUCCUCGCUUCUCCAUUCCACCAACGAGUCAAGAAAUAAUGCCAGGCGGCAGUGUGAACAUAACCUGCGUGGCAGUGGGGUCGCCCAUGCCCUACGUCAAGUGGAUGCUGAACUCUGAGGACUUGACCCCGGAGGAUGAGAUGCCGGUGGGCAGGAACGUUCUUGAGCUGAGCAGUGUUCGUGAAUCAGCCAACUACACCUGCGUCGCCAUGAGCAGCCUUGGCAUCAUUGAGUCUGUUGCGCAGAUCACUGUCAAAUCUCUCCCAAAGCCUCCGGGUACUCCUGUGGUCACUGAAACCACUGCUACCAGUGUAACCAUUACCUGGGACUCAGGAAACCCAGACCCAGUGUCAUAUUACAUUAUUCAGUACAAGGCCAAAUCCCCAGACAGCAAGUACGAAACUGUUGAUGACAUCACCACCACCCGUUAUAGCAUUGGCGGACUUUACCCAAACACAGAGUACGAAAUCCGUGUUUCUGCCAUCAAUACGAUUGGCCAAGGUCCUCCCAGUGAGCCAGUUGAGACACGAACUGGUGAGCAAGCCCCUGCCAGCCCCCCAAGGAAUGUUAAUGGCCAGAUUCUUCCCCAAAACACGAUGAUGGUGACAUGGGAAGAACCAGAGGAGCCAAAUGGGCAGAUCAAGGGCUACAGAGUUUACUACACUAUGGACGCCUCUCAGCCCAUGAGCAACUGGCAUAUCCAUAAUGUCCAAGACAGCGUCAUCACCACCAUCCGGAGCCUCACUCCUCUUGAGACGUACACUAUUAAGGUGCUGGCAUUCACUUCUGUUGGUGAUGGACCUUUCUCUCCACCGAUUAAAGUCAAAGUAGUGCAAGGAGUUCCAGGGCAGCCCUCCAAAUUUCAGGUUGGUGCUGUAUCUGACACCAGCAUUGAACUCAUCUGGGAACCCGCCCACGACAAAGAAGCUAUCAGAAGAUAUGAACUUCGCUACAGGGAAAGUAACCACGGCAACCAGAUGAAGAAAACAUUUGAUCCCACAAAGUCAUAUGUUGUGGAAAGUCUCCGUCCCAAUACAGAAUACUACUUCUCCCUGGCAGCCAUCUCUGACAAAGGAAUUGGAGCCUUCACAAAUGAAAUUUUACAGAAGACGCUGCAAGCCAAGCCCUCAGCUCCCCCUCAAGAAAUUGAGUGCAGCAGCACCAGCUCCACCAGUCUGUUGGUAAGUUGGCGCCCCCCACCUCUGAAGAGUCAGAAUGGUGACCUGACGGGGUAUAAGGUGCUCUACCAAGUGGUGAGCCCGUCAGAAGGGGCCGGUGGUGACCCACAGCCCACAGAGGAGCCGAUGAUACCUCCCACAGAGGAGCAGGUGUUGCUGCAGCGGCUGGGAAAGUGGACUCAGUACCACAUUACUGUGUCCGCCGCCACUGUGGUCGGAUUGGGUCCAGAGAGCGAGCCUAUCAUCUGCAGGACAGAUGAAGAUGUUCCUGGGGCUCCACCAAGGCGAGUAGAGGUGGAUGUCCUCAACUCCACAGCAAUUAAGGUUAUGUGGCGCUCUCUAACGCCCGGCAAGCAGAACGGUCAGAUCCGCGGUUACCAGGUUCACUAUGUUCGUGUAGAAAAUGGCGAAUCCCGGGGCCUGCCUCUCAUCAAGGAUGUCAUGCUAGCUGAUGCUCAGUGGGAAACGGACGAUACAGCUGAAUAUGAAAUGGUCAUUGGAGGACUUAAGCCAGACACAACGUACUCCAUCACAGUAGCAGCAUACACCACCAAAGGGGAUGGAGCGCGGAGCAAACCCAAACUGGUGGUGACCAAAGGGGCAGUGCCUGGUCCUCCUUAUCUCUCGGUGGCUCAGAACUCAAAGACAUCUGCUGUUGUUCACUGGGACCCUCCAGACCUGACCAAUGGCAUGGAUCUGCAGGGUUACAGGCUCCAGUUUGGCCGAAAGGACAUCACCCCUUUGGCCACACUGGAAUUUGCUCCGCAAGAACGUCGGUACUCUGUGGACAACAUUCAUCGGGGAGCCACGUACCUCUUCAAGAUGGCAGCCAAGAGCAGAGGAGGCUUCGGGGAAGAAGCCGUGGCAGAACUUAGCGUACCUGAGAAUACGCCGGGUGGAUACCCUCAAAUUAAAGAAGGCUCUAAUGUAACAUGCUGCUCUGUGCUGCUGUCCUGGUCUCCACCGGUGUUGGCAGAGAGGAAUGGAGUCAUUACGGAAUACACUUUGGUCUAUAAGGAAGCCGGCACUGGAGAAAUACCACGAGAACUGCGCUUGCAUCCAAGCCUGUCCAGCUAUGUGCUGAACAGCCUCAAACCAAACUCUGCCUAUGAGGUGAAAAUGCGAGCGCACACCAGUGUAGGUCCAGGGCCCUACAGCCCACCUAUCCAGUAUCGGACGGUGGCCAUUCACCCAGCAGAUGUUCCUAAAAACUUCACUGUGAAGUGGGCCACCAAGACCACAGUAGUGCUUGGGUGGAAGUUUUCUGAAAGGUCGCCGUAUAAAUGUGUGAUCGAGUAUGCCCACCAGAAGAAAGAUGUGGACGCCCGGGAGUUGAAGGCCUUCAUUAAAGGGCUAAGGCAUAACACCACUUAUGAGUUUAAAGUGACUUGCCAAGAAAGCACCAAUAGUGGGCCACAGCAUCGUGUGACAGCCAGAACCGCUCCGCUUCUUCAAAUCAAGAAGCCCACGGUUUCUGAGAGAGAGAAUGUGCUCAUGAUGUCCUUCUCACCAGUAAACACAAAGGAUGUCAAGAACUUCUAUGUGGUUGUGGUGCCAAUUAGGACAAAUUCAGGAACCGUUAAAAACCUGAUAAACCCUGAUGAGAUGGACAUGGAAGAGCUUUUGCGGGUGGUCCCGAAGCACCGCUCACGCCGGCAGCUGGCUCAGCUAGACCAGAGGGAUGCCUACAUCACAGCGUGCUUCAAACAGCUGCCCCUCAGCUUCAUAGUGGGAUCUGACAAUCGCCACAACAGCUGUGAGAACAAGCCCCUCGAACCUGGUCAGCAGCAUGUCUUCUUCCUGCUGGCUGAACUCAAUGCCACCGCAGGGAAAAUGUUUGCAACAAGCCCCUACACUGACACGGUGAUGAGCCCCGAGCUGGUGGUGGAUCUGCCAGCAGAGCAUGAUGAAACCCAGCUAUGGGUGGUGGGCCCCGUUUUGGCUGUGGUCUUUAUUAUCUGCAUUGUCAGUGCCAUCCUCCUUUAUAAGAACAAACCAGACAGCCACAAAAGAAAAGAGUCGGAGCCUCGCACCAAAUGCCUGCUCAACAAUGCAGACAUUACACCCCAUCACCCUACAGACCCUGUGGAGGUGAGACGCAUCAACUUCCAAACUCCAGAUUCUGGUCUAAGCAGUCCUCAGAGUGAAGCUGAAUUUCAAUAUGAAAGUAUGCUGAAUCAUCCUCCUAUCCCUAUCUCAGAGCUGGCUGAGCACACAGAACUUCUCAAAGCAAACGACAACCUCAAGCUAUCCCAGGAAUAUGAGUCUAUUGAUCCAGGCCAGCAGUUCACCUGGGAGCACUCCAACCUGGAGGUGAACAAGCCCAAAAAUCGUUACGCCAACGUCAUCGCCUAUGACCACUCCCGCGUCAUCCUGGCUCCUAUUGAGGGAAUCACAGGCAGUGACUACAUCAACGCCAAUUACAUCGAUGGCUACAGGAAGCAAAACGCCUACAUUGCCACCCAAGGUCCAUUACCUGAGACCUUUGGGGACUUUUGGCGGAUGGUGUGGGAACAGAGAGCUGCCACUGUUGUCAUGAUGACCAAGCUGGAGGAAAAGUCACGGAUUAAGUGUGACCAAUACUGGCCCAGUCGAGGCACAGAGACCUACGGCAUGACCCAAGUGACCCUGCUGGACACCAUAGAGCUGGCCACUUUCUGUGUCCGCACUUUCUCUUUGCACAAGAACGGAUCCAGUGAGAAGCGGGAGGUUCGUCAGUUCCAAUUCACAGCGUGGCCUGACCACGGCGUGCCAGAGUACCCCACGCCUUUCCUGGCUUUUCUGCGCCGGGUGAAGACCUGCAACCCUCCUGACGCCGGACCCAUCAUCGCACACUGCAGUGCGGGAGUUGGCCGGACCGGCUGCUUUAUAGUCAUCGACGCCAUGCUUGAGCGGAUCAAACAUGAGAAGACGGUGGAUAUUUAUGGCCACGUGACCCUGAUGCGCUCACAGAGGAACUACAUGGUGCAGACAGAGGAUCAGUACAGCUUCAUUCACGAUGCUCUGCUGGAAGCCGUGGCCUGUGGGAACACUGAGGUGGCCGCCCGCAGUCUCUACUCCUACAUCCAGAAGCUGGCCCAAGUGGAGAGCGGAGAGCAUGUCACUGGCAUGGAGCUGGAGUUCAAGCGUUUAGCCAACUCUAAGGCCCACACCUCACGCUUUAUCAGUGCCAACCUGCCCUGCAACAAGUUUAAGAAUCGGCUGGUCAACAUUAUGCCCUAUGAGACCACCCGUGUAUGCCUACAGCCAAUCAGAGGCCUGGAAGGAUCUGAUUACAUCAACGCCAGCUUUAUUGAUGGAUACAGACAGCAGAGGGCCUACAUCUCCACACAGGGCCCUUUAGCAGAGACUACAGAAGACUUCUGGAGAAUGCUCUGGGAAAACAACUCAACUAUCGUAGUAAUGUUGACCAAACUUAGAGAAAUGGGUCGGGAAAAGUGCCACCAGUACUGGCCGGCAGAGCGCUCGGCCAGGUAUCAGUAUUUCGUGGUGGACCCCAUGGCAGAAUAUAAUAUGCCUCAGUACAUUCUUCGCGAGUUCAAGGUCACAGAUGCCAGGGACGGUCAGUCCAGGACAGUAAGGCAGUUCCAGUUUACCGACUGGCCAGAGCAAGGUGUGCCCAAAUCUGGGGAGGGAUUCAUCGACUUCAUCGGCCAGGUGCAUAAAACCAAGGAGCAGUUUGGCCAGGACGGACCAAUCUCUGUCCACUGCAGUGCUGGAGUGGGAAGGACCGGAGUCUUCAUCACCCUCAGCAUCGUUCUGGAAAGAAUGCGUUAUGAAGGCGUGGUUGACAUCUUCCAGACGGUGAAGAUGCUCCGAACACAGAGGCCAGCUAUGGUCCAAACUGAGGAUGAGUACCAAUUCUGCUACCAUGCAGCUCUGGAGUACUUAGGAAGUUUUGAUCACUAUGCAACAUAAAAAGCCAUCUCUUCCCUCCCAGAAUCUGUUUGACCCCCUCCAAACACACGAGUUACCUGAGCCAUAAAAAGUUUCAAAUUUGAAAAUGGCGGCAGUAGAAGAUAGACAAUUAUUUCCCAUCAGAAUUACACACCAAACAGGAGAUUUUCUUUAAAAAAUCAAGAAAUGCCAAUUGAGACGCAGGAAAUAGACGACAAAUGCCCAUCAGCUCAAGAAACCAUUUUCACCAGGGGAGGAAUCGGAGGCUCAAUCUGUGGGACGGGGGAAUCGAUCAAUGACGGCUUACCUUACCUCAAGUGUUUCAAUGUGGAGGACAAUGUAAACAUUCGUGGACAAUUCUCAAAAACGUCUUUGUGGUACAACAACACCUACACACAGGUAAUGACAGAGAACGACAGAAAAAAACAUGAAGGGGAAGCAGAUGGAUGUAGCUGAGACUGGGACACUUUUAGGUGCAAAAAGGGGUUUUGAGUAUUUUUAUCGGCAGUUUUUUUUUUUUUUUUUUUUUUUUGUGAGUGUUGUGCACAGAAAUGGCUGAACUGCUGCCUCUGUAACUCUAAUGGCUUUCCCCAACAAUCUGGCUAUUCAAACAGGAGUCUGAACCAACGCUGAAAGAGCUGCAGUUUCACACCGUCCUUCUAAAACGACACUAAAGUCACGCGGACGUCACUGACUGCUGAGCGCUAUGAGCUUUUAGAGGAGGCACCCUCGGUUCUCAUCAAGAAAGCAACAACGCAUAUCGUAAAAUCUGUUCGAUUUAUGAAUUGUGAAACUGUAUGAAAAUUGUACCAUAAUCCAGGUAGCCACAGUGAUGUUGAGAAAGCACCACAGUGCAUUUACAGCGAAAAGGUUUCUCUGACGAAUCACUUCCAAGUCACCGGAUAAUCCGUGAAAAAGCUCGCCUGUGCACAAACCCUCGGCUUGGAUGUCCGAGGUGAGCGAAAACCACGAUUCUUUACAAUCACUCCUGUCUUUGGAGCCAUGGAACCACGCGGCUACGCCCUAAACAUCCACCAUCAGUCUGGUUGGUGCACAAGGCUUUAGAACAAACGGAACCACCAAACAGUGACGGACGCAGGUUUUUAAAGCUUUCCUUUUGUACAGUGACCAACGCUCAUUAUCAAACUUUUUUGUUCAAAAAACAAAUAUUUUUUUCUGUCAAAACCAAAUGUGCUGCUUUUUUCCCAUGUAUGCUGAACAUGUGACUCUUGCAUCCGAGGAAAAUGAUGAAUAGAGGACGCCAGCCCUGCUAACUCUGCGCCCAGGCAGGCAUGACUGAAUGCGUCCACACGAUCUCACCAUCCACCACUAGUUUCCUCCAAAACCAUCCAUAUUAUUUAAAAGACACUCAAGACUGCUGCAAUUACUGAGCUGUACAUUCAUAUGGUUGAAGAAUUGGCCCUAAAAUCCAGUGUAUGAGUAAAAAAGAAAACUGGUGGUUAAGCAAAAUUGAUGCUUUGGUGUUUGCCCUGCAUUCUCCGGAGGAUAUUUCAGUGGGUGACACAGCCAAAUCCAGCAGCCAUGUCCAAUCUCAAUGCCAUGAUGUGUUAAAAAAAUAACAGAAAAACCUCCAGUGCAAGUAACCUGCAUAUCCAGAGAGAAACGGCGAGGAUAAACACUUAAGACAACGGCAGGUUAAAGCACUAAUGUAUUUGUACCUGACAUUAAGGAGGACAAAAGAGAAAAGCUUUUUGAAUCUCCAGGUUUUCUUUUUGGAGGACAGAGCUUUGGUAAAAACAACGGAUUCUGUUUCCGGUGGGUGUGCACAAAAAACCAGAGCGAUGGAUGGACUCGUGUAAUUCUUUUUUUUUUUUUUUUUUUUUUUUAUUUCCAAAAAAGCCUUACUAUUGUUGUAACAUUACGAAAAUAUUAAUGUUGUACUGCAAUUAAUUUUACAUUACAUAACUGAAUUUUUUUUGUUUUCAUUUUAGUUUAGUUUUUUAACAGAGAUGUUGUAUCACUUUUUUUUAAAUUAGCAAGUAAAGAGAAAAUGCUUAUCUGUUCAUAUUAUGUUCAAAGACAUUCUAUUUUUUCACUGUAGAAAAGUUAAGUAUAGCAUCCUUGUGUUUGUGCGCAUAUAUAUAUUUACAUAUAUACAUAUAUGUUUAUAUAUGUGUAUAUAUUGGCGCACAUUAACACAUGCAUAUAUAUAUAUAUAUAUAUUUAAAUGCAGAAUAUGAAGAUAUAUCCAAACAGUAUGAAUUUAGUAAUUUUCCUCAUUUUUUUCCACACUUGACAAUUCUUGCAUUAGAGUCUGAUGGAUUUUUCCUUUUUUUAUGUUUAAACAUUUUCAACAUAAGUUAAAGGCUUUAUGUGUCUCCUAAAGAAAAAUGAAGGGGGGGAGUGUCUUUAUCACUUCGCCCGACACUCGUUUCCACUUUUCCGACCCUUACCCUCCUCCUGAGAAGCUGUGCCGAUGACGAAAUGCCAUUUAUAAGUCUUUCUGUUCUUACCAUUUACUUGAUUAUUAUUCCUCCUGGGAUGACCGACAAAAAUCAAAACUGACCAUUUGAUUUUUUUCAGACCGACUUGUGACUUGUACUGUUCCUUCUGUGAAUAUGUACAGACUAAUGACCUCUAAUGACAACCUUUCAAAAUCGUUUUUCUUUUUUACUCUUAUUUUCAGCCCGUUAGUUCUUAUCAAACAACCAUUAUGACCUAGAGUAUACCUGUAAAUAAGCAGAUUAUAUGUAUUUGUAUCAUUUGACCCUUGAGAUCUCACAUUUUAAGUGGGGAUAUAAAUGCACACAUCAGGGUUGUGCUCAGAUCCAUUUAGAUGCCAUUUAUGAAGCCUGUCUUCUCGAACCAUGUUUCUAUAGCCCUCUCCCCUUAGAUUUUAAUUACCUCUCACUUAUUUCUGCCUUUAAUUUACAUUUUUAGCAGUAAAACUGGGAAAGGAGCCAGCUGCUGCUCUCACACCCACAGCCUCAGCGAAGGCUCAGAAUUCAGCAAAAGUGAUCUUCUGGGAGGUUUGUUCUCUCUUCCAACAGCCAUUUGACUCAUAAUUCAUUCUUAGCUUUGGCAGAUGUUACUAAAGGAUUUCAGAUUCGGAUUUUGUUCUAUUAAUUGGACUUUAAAGAUUCCCGGUAACCUAAGUAUUUUGGCACCCAAAGGCAUUUUUCAUGUUUUUAUGAUCAAUAUUCCCAAAAGUCCAGCUGCACAAAAAAUGCCAAGGUGUGAACUCAUCAAUGUACUAGGAGCUGAAAUGCAACUUGACUGAAGGCCAGAAAUGUUUCUGCUUCAAUGUGACAUCCUGCUUUAUUGUCUCCAUCGUUCUUUUUUAAGCCUUGUAUAAAAUCAUACUAGUUCUUGGUUUUUUUUUUUUUUUUUUACGUUUCGUUAUGAGAUCCAGAAAGAUCAUACACAAUUCAAGAAAGGCCAAGACAACCCCGACUUGCUCUGAAUUUCAGAUCUGCAGUUCGUCAUUUCCGAACAAUUCGAAUCUUUACACUAAAACAGGUUUUGGAUGCAAAAAGACUGGUAUCGGGGCCCAUGCUCAGACCCAAACAGUGGACGCCGUUCAAAGCUUGUGCAGUGUGUGUGACUCCUUUGAGUUUGUGUAAAGUUGCUCAAAUCUUUUGAAAAACAGCCACCAAAUUUACAGGCUACAUCUUUGAAUAUUGGGUCAGGGGACUGACACAAAAAACAAUGACUUAAUAACGGUCAAAUGAACAAUAUAAAUCAGAAAAAAAGGGGAGGGGAAAGUGAACCUAAACUCAGUUUUACCUUUGUGUGAAGGCCUAGUGCUCACUUUCAAACUGUUACUUCUAACGGAAACAAUAAAUGGUUUAAAGCCACUGUGUAUGUAGAUAUGUUGACUUUGUAUUAAAGAAACGUUGUCUGGAAUCUA